CCAUAACACAAUAAUCUCCAUGUAAUUAGCAUUAAUCUGUUUCCAUAAUCGGCCCACCAUUCUCCCGUCUUAGCCCUUACCCGUACCCGGCCCAUUUCACUGUCUUCAAAAAUUAAAUUCAUCUUCACUCCCUCUCUCUUUCUAUUUCCAUGCCUCUCUUUCUCUCUCUCUAAAGCCACUCGCGCUUUCUGUGUCUCUCUCUCUAGACAAUGGAGCCCUGUCUAGACGACUUAACCGACGACCUACAAAGCAUAAGCUUUGCCUCCACCGCAACAACCACCAUAACGACCACCACUCUCCACCGCAGCACAAGCUCCGGGUCCUCUUCCUCCGCCACACUCACGCCAGCGCCCUCCACACACACCUCGAAACACCAUCAGUCCCUCUGUCUCUCCGAUCUCCGCUUCUCUCUCCGCCUUGGCUCCGGUGACAUAGGCUCUGUCUACUUAGCGGAGUUAAAAAAACCUGACACGUCAGCAGCAUCAGAUAUAACGGACAGUCCGAUAUUCGCGGCGAAAGUAAUGGAUAAAAAGGAGUUAGUUAGCAGAAGUAAAGAAGGAAGGGCAAAAACGGAAAGAGAAAUAUUGGAAAUGCUGGAUCAUCCAUUUUUGCCAUGUCUAUACGCUUGUAUUGAAUCUCAACGUUGGCUUUGUUUGUUAACUGAGUUCUGUAACGGUGGUGACCUCCAUGUUCUCCGUCAACGUCAGCCUCUUAAACGUCUCGAAGAUUCCGCCGUCAGGUUCUACGCAUCAGAGGUAGUGGUAGCUUUGGAGUAUCUUCACAUGUUGGGGAUUGUUUACCGUGAUCUUAAGCCGGAAAAUGUGCUUGUCAGAUCAGAUGGUCACAUAAUGCUCACUGAUUUUGACCUCUCGUUAAAAUGUGAUGAUUCUACAUCAACCCCUCAAAUUAUUACUAGCCAGAACACCCCAAAUGCAGCCCCAAAAAAUGACUACCCCAUUGACCAUCGUCCUUUCACUUCAUCUUCAUGCAUUAUCCCUAACUGUAUAGUUCCAGCUGUAUCAUGCUUCCAUCCAAAGCGCAAACGCAAGAAGAAGACAGGCCACCGUGGUGGGCCUGAGUUUGUGGCUGAGCCCGUCGAUGUCCGGUCAAUGUCAUUUGUCGGGACCCAUGAGUACUUGGCACCAGAGAUUGUGUCCGGUGAAGGUCAUGGUAGUCCUGUGGAUUGGUGGACACUAGGGAUAUUUAUGUUUGAACUAUUUUAUGGGGUCACACCCUUUAGAGGUCUGGACCAUGAGUUAACUCUAGCUAACAUUGUAGCUCGAGCACUUGAAUUUCCUAAAGAACCUGCAAUACCUUCCACAGCCAAGGACCUUAUUUCACAACUACUGGUUAAAGAUCCUGCCAGGAGAUUAGGCUCCACUAUGGGUGCAUCUGCUAUUAAGCACCAUCCUUUCUUCCAAGGGGUCAAUUGGGCAUUGUUGAGAUGCACACGUCCACCCUAUGUUCCUCCCCCAUACACCAAAGAAAUUGUAUCAGAUGAAAGCUGUCCCGAGACACCUGUGGAAUAUUAUUAGUGAAGUUUAUAAAAAUUAAAAGAAAGCUUUAAUAAAGCAGCCGCACCAUACACCAUACAUUUCACAGUAAUAUUUGAACUUUGAAGGCAAAAACUCAUUACCACUGCCACUACACGACAAUCUUGGUUGGAGAAAUGUAGAAUUAGAAGCUACAAUGCCUUUGUCUGCUUGCCUGCAAAUGUUUGCAAUUAUUAGGGAGUAAGUAGAUAGGUUUAAGCAUUAAAGAUAUUAUUUAUUUUUAUGAUUUCCACUUGCAGAGUUCUGUAUAUACAUAUUUUAUGGUCAAUGCAGGCGUUGGGGAACAUUGGAUCCCGACAGUGUAAACAUAAAAGAAAGAUUUUGACUUGGGGGGAAUAGGGAGGAAGCCGGUGGCGCCGCGUGAUAGGCUGUCCACAGAUCACGAGGGACCCUCGGAUGGUGGAGAGAGGGCACUGGCAUGAGGUGAAGGAAAUUGCUGCUUGUGUUUGUAUGUGAAGAGGAAGGCCUCAACCCCCAUGUGAGUUGUUUAGUGAAGGAGUUGUGGGGACUUUAGGCUUGGGACUGGAGAAAGGUCGUUCUUUGUUUUUUGUUCACUAGAGAAGAGAAGAUCACAUCAUGCUUUUGCUCUUACCCAAAUGAUAUAAGAUAGAUUGCCGUCACACUAGUUAGAUCCCAUCCUCAUUUAUUUAUUUUUAUUUAUUAGAUAACUGGUUAUGAAAUACUCAUUCUUUAACGGUUAUGUGGAUCAAUCUUAAAAUUCUUUAAUUUUUA